CAUUUCUUCCUUCCAUGUCACAGGGGAAAAAAGGAGAGGCAAGAAUCCAAAGCAGCCGUACAGUACACCCCUCCAUGGCAGGCAUGCCCCGCCUCUCUCCUCCUUUCCCUGCAGCCGCAGUCACAGCUGUGAGUCUGUGACCUGUCCAGUUCAAUCGCUUCAGCGUUCACAAGCGCGUUCAACACUCCUUUCCCCUCUCCACCUCGCAAGCUUGCUCACUUUUGUCUCUGUAGUCCUCAGCUACCUCGUGCGGUCUGGGACUCUGGGGACAUCGUUGCCGUUCCCGGGCUCGGCAGCCGCAAUGCUUGCGCAGGUGCUCCUCGUGCACCUCCUCCUCCUCCUCCCCGCCACGUACUCAGCCGACCACCACCGCCAUUACCGGGGCAGAAGGUCGCUGCACGAGCCGCUGUUCCCUCUGGAGAGCACGCCCGCGCUGCCGCCGCCACCGCCCGCGCCGUUUUUCCCGUUCUUGCCAGGCGCCGCGGCGCCACCGACGCCGGAGGUUGGCUCGGCCUCCGCCCCGGCGGACACCGGUGCGGCUGACGCGUCAUCGUCCUCCUCGUCGCCGCACCCCACGGCGCCGGCCAACAUUUCGUCCUUGGCCGCGCUGCCCGUCUCCCGCGCCGCGCCGCUCCGGUCCUUCCUCUCCUCCCACCGCCUCCUCACCGUCCUCGUCCUGGUCGUCGCCGUUGCUGCGGCCGUGCUCACCGCCGCGCUCGUCUACAUCCUCGCCCGCCGCCAACGUCGUCACCCUCCCAAGGCGGAACCUGCAGUACACACAAAGCCCUCCUCGCUUGCACAGGCCAACCCCGUGGUCUACGAUGGUGGCGACCAGCGUGGGCGGGGCUCGACGGCCACCGUCUCCAGCACCAGCUCGCCGGAGCUCAGGCCGAUGCCGCCUUUGCCACGGCAGUUCCAGCAGACGCGGAUGAACUUGCCGACGCCGUCGUGCUCAAAAUUCGUUCUUGACGCCGGAACAGGAGGUAAGCGAGCAUCUGAGGGUCCUCCUCCGCCGCCGCCUCCUCCACCACCGCCGCCUCCAAUGCCGCCGGUGAAAGGCAAGGGCGGCGCCACAGCAGCAGCAGCUCCUCCGGCGCCGCCGCCUCUGCCGCGAGCCGGCAACGGCAGCGGCUGGUUGCCCCGGCGGCACUCUGAGCGCCCAACGACCACGGUGAUCAGGGCCUCGGCGAACGCAGUUCACCCGGAAGAGUCUCCAGAGCGCGCCCCGUCAGAGAAACAAGCGGACGCCGACGCGGCUGCUCUGCCGAAGCUGAAGCCGUUGCACUGGGACAAGGUGCGCGCGAGCUCUGGGCGACCGACGGUGUGGGAUCAGCUGAAGGCGAGCUCCUUCCGAGUGAACGAAGAGAUGAUCGAGACAUUGUUCGUCUCAAAUUCGACACGGAGGUCGUCGAAGAGCGGAACCAAGGGGCCGAAUUCCAGUCUGUGCAGCCAGGAGAACAAGGUCCUCGACCCAAAGAAAUCACAGAACAUUGCCAUAAUGCUGAGGGCGCGCAAUGCGACCAAGGAAGAAGUGUGUAAGGCACUCCUAGAUGGGCAGGCAGAGAGCCUUGGGACCGAGCUCUUGGAGAUGCUGCUGAAGAUGGCGCCUAGCAGGGAAGAGGAGAUUAGGUUGAAAGAGUACAGGGAGGAUGCCGUGUCUAAACUUGGCCCCGCUGAGAGCUUCCUCAAGGCAGUGCUCGCGAUUCCAUUUGCUUUCAAGAGAGUGGAAGCGAUGCUGUACAUCGCCAACUUCGAUUUAGAGGUUGACUACCUCAAAGCCUCCUACAAAACUCUUGAGGCAGCAUGCGAAGAGCUUCAGGGCAGCAGGCUGUUCCACAAGAUACUAGACGCGGUCCUGAAGACCGGCAACCGCAUGAACACCGGCACGAACCGCGGGAACGCGCACGCCUUCAAGCUGGACGCGCUCCUCAAGCUGGUCGACGUGAAGGGCGCCGACGGCAGGACGACCCUCCUGCACUUCGUCCUCGAAGAGAUCGUCAAGUCCGAAGGAGGCAACGUUGUAGCCAUCGCCACCGGCCAGACGUCUGACCAGGCGAGCGCCCUCGCGGACGAUGGUCUGCAGCGCAAGAAGCUGGUCGGCCUGAAAACCGUGGCGAGCCUCGGCGGCGAGCUGAGCAGCGUCAAGAAGGCGGCGGCGAUGGACCCCGACGCUCUGGCCAGCUGCGCGGCCAAGCUCUCCUCCGGCGUCAGGAAGGUCGGCGAGGUCCUGCGCCUGAACCGGCAGGUUCUCGGCCCCGAGGACGGGUUCCGCGCCUCCGUCGGCGCGUUCCUGAGCAAGGCAGAGGCCGAGAUCGCCGGGGCGCAGGCGCAGGAGCGCCGCGCCCUCGCCCUCGUCAGGGAGACGACCGGGUUCUUCCACGGCGACUCGGCCAAGGAGGAAGGCCACCCGCUGCGGAUCUUCGUCGUGGUGCGCGACUUCCUCGCGGCCCUCGAUCGCGCCUGCAACGACGUUGCGAAGAUGAAUGAUGGGCGGGCGGCGGCGGCCGGUGGGUCUGGGUCGUGGCGGCGGGCGAGGAACGCUCCGGUGUUUGACGCCGUGCGACCCUCUGGCUCGUCGGCGUCAUCCUAGCCGUUGGGAUGCAGCGCUGAUUUGUUUGUCUGACAGGGAUCUGCGUCUUGUUGUCUAGAAGAACAGCAGAGCAGGGCAGGGCAGGCUCAGACGUAGUAGGACCGUAAUAUACUACUACUAAAUAUUUUGUACCUGGAGCAGAAGAUAGUCUGUAGAGUAAGUGAAGCCUAAUGAUUCAGCGUGAUGAACAUCGUCCUGCCAAAGGCCUACCAAAGGUAGAGUGGCAUUGUACAUGACUCUGCUGGUGCCUGAGAGUUGCUGUUGGGUGAGAGCUUUUGAGCAACUGAUGAUCAAGCUCAGUCUCAUGUUAAG